AUGGACUUUGAUAAGCUUACACCCUAUUCUGGCUUGCCUAAGGAGGGAGAUUUAGUUGCAUAUCGUUUAGUUGAGCUAUCAUCAACUUGGACCCAUGAGCUUUGCUCCUUCCGAGUUGGAGAAAUAUCACAAUAUGACGCUGAAUCCAGCAGGAUAAAGCUAUUACCAGUGCCAGGAUAUCCAAAUGCUUCGGAGAAGAAAAUAGAUCAGGAGGUAACAGUAUUCAGAGACUUGUCGAAUCCUUCGCCUUGCAUUGUGCAACAUCCUGUGAAGCAGAUUGAUUAUUCCUCUCUAAUUGAUGUCCACCUUGUCAAGCAUGGAAAUCUGAAUACCACAAAAGCAAUUGCUGAUAGCAGCAAUGAGAAUUUUGCACAGGAUCAGGAUGUUUUAACAAGACAAUCAAAUGUAAAUGUAUGGGACGAAAUUAGCGAGGGUUUGAGUGCAAAGAAGGCAGAGCUCUCUAAAGAGGAUGGUUGGAGUCAAUCAGAUAUUUCAGGUAGGAGCACCUGGUCAUAUAGGCCCCUGAGAUGCAGUGCCCUUGGCCCCUCUAUGGCCUUAAAAGCUCAGAAUGGGAUCUGA